AAAACACAGCGCAGUGCACAAUACAACGUCGCUUAACUUGGCUUUAAAUUUAUUAUUAAUUAAUUUAUAUUAAUUUUAAUUUAACAAUGGGUGCAUCAGUGUAUUUUUUGGCGGCUGUUUAUUUUGCGACAGGAGUUAUGGCGGGAACACUGCCACCUUUCAUUAAGCCUUGUUCGAUCAAGGAUCCAAACCUGAACCAGUGCAUAGAGAAGUCCAUAGAGCUAGCAGGGCCCAAGUUCGCUGACGGUAUCCCGGAGCUGGACAUCGCGCCGCUGGACCCCGUACAGCUGGGCACCGUGGUGGUAGACAACCCCGCACUCAAACUUACAUUCACUGAUACCGUCGUCACUGGCCUCAGGGACUUCAAAGUUAACUCUUACAAAAUUAACACGGAUAAAGGAAAAGCGGUGCUCGACUUCACCGCGAACGUUACGCUGAAAGCCAACUACGUGAUGGACGGGCAGAUACUCAUCCUGCCCAUCAGGGGCGACGGACAAGCCAAAAUCAAGAUAACAAAUCUGAACAUCGUGAUCAAGUACGAUUACACGACAACGGAUGGUCACUGGGUGGUCUCCGGCUACAAAGACAGCUACAAGAUGGACCGAGCACAGUUCAAGUUCACCAACCUUUUCGGCGGGAAUAAGGAGCUGGCUGACACUACUCUUAAAUUCUUGAACGAAAACUGGAGUACCAUAAUGUCGGAAAUCGCGCCAUCAACAAUCAAGGAGAUCAUAAAGAAUUGCGUGGAGGAGGUCAAGAAAUUGUUCGCAGGCGUCCCCGCUGCGGAGCUUGCACUUCUCUGAAUGCAAACACCAUCGGAAAUGUGAUCAACGCAAACUGGGAGCCCGUCAUCCGAGACAUCGCGCCCGUCGCAUUC